GAGGAGGGGGCGGGGGCAGCGGCGGCUGUAGCGGCCGCGACCUGGGCGGGCGGAGGAGAGUGACGGGCCUGGGGGCCGCUGUGGAUGGUUUCUAAAAUGAUCAUUGAAAACUUCGAGGCACUGAAGUCCUGGCUCAGCAAGACUCUCGAGCCCAUCUGUGAUGCAGAUCCAUCAGCCCUAGCAAAAUAUGUUCUUGCUUUGGUAAAAAAAGACAAAAGUGAAAAAGAAUUAAAGGCAUUAUGUAUUGAUCAACUGGAUGUAUUUCUUCAAAAAGAGACACAGAUAUUUGUGGAAAAACUUUUUGAUGCUGUGAAUACAAAGAGUUACCUACCUCCCCCAGAGCAGCCAUCAUCAGGAAGCUUAAAGGUGGAAUUUUUUCAGCACCAAGAAAAAGAUAUAAAAAAAGACGAGAUCAUAAAAGAGGAAGAACGAGAGAAGAAGUUUUCCAGAAGGCUAAAUCACAGUCCUCCCCAGUCAAGCUCCCGAUACAGAGAAAAUAGAAGUCGUGAUGAGAGGAAAAAAGAUGAUCGUUCUCGCAAAAGAGAUUAUGAUCGAAACCCUCCUCGAAGAGAUUCAUACAGAGACCGGUACAAUAGAAGACGAGGUCGGAGUCGCAGUUACAGCAGGAGUCGGAGUCGAAGUUGGAGUAAAGAGAGGCUUCGUGACAGGGAUAGGGAUAGAAGCAGGACCAGAAGCAGGAGCAGAACACGAAGCAGGGAAAGAGAUCUGGUAAAACCCAAAUAUGACCUGGAUAGAACAGAUCCACUAGAAAACAAUUAUACUCCAGUUUCUUCAGUACCUAACAUUUCAUCUGGUCACUACCCUGUACCUACUUUGAGCAGCACCAUAACAGUAAUUGCUCCUACACAUCAUGGUAAUAACACUACCGAAAGUUGGUCUGAAUUUCAUGAAGACCAAGUGGACCAUAACUCAUAUGUCAGACCACCAAUGCCAAAAAAACGGUGUAGAGACUAUGAUGAAAAGGGUUUCUGCAUGAGAGGAGACAUGUGCCCUUUUGAUCAUGGCAGUGACCCAGUAGUUGUAGAAGAUGUGAAUCUUCCUGGUAUGCUGCCUUUCCCAGCACAGCCUCCUGUUGUUGAAGGACCACCUCCUCCUGGACUCCCCCCACCCCCACCAAUUCUCACACCCCCACCUGUGAAUCUGAGACCCCCAGUGCCACCACCAGGCCCAUUACCACCCAGUUUACCACCUGUCACAGAUGAUAUUUCUUAUUCUUUGGUUUUGACAGGACCACCACCACCACUUCCUCCUUUGCAGCCAUCUGGCAUGGAUGCUCCCCCAAACUCUGCAACCAGUUCUGUUCCUACUGUAGUAACAACAGGCAUUCAUCACCAGCCUCCUCCUGCUCCACCUUCUCUUUUUACUGCAGUUUUUGUAUUACCAGAUACAUAUGACACAGAUGGCUAUAAUCCUGAGGCCCCAAGCAUAACAAACACUUCCAGACCUAUGUAUAGACACAGAGUGCAUGCACAAAGGCCUAACCUGAUAGGAUUGACAUCAGGGGAUAUGGAUUUGCCACCCAGAGAAAAGCCUCCUAAUAAAAGCACUAUGAGGAUAGUAGUGGAUUCAGAGUCAAGGAAAAGAACGAUUGGUUCUGGGGAGCCUGGAGUUACUACAAAGAAGACUUGGUUUGAUAAACCAAAUUUUAAUAGAACAAACAGCCCAGGCUUCCAGAAAAAGGUUCAGUUUGGAAAUGAAAACACCAAACUUGAACUUAGAAAAGUUCCACCAGAAUUAAAUAAUAUCAGCAAACUUAAUGAGCAUUUUAGUCGAUUUGGAACUUUGGUUAACUUACAGGUUGCCUAUAAUGGUGAUCCUGAAGGUGCCCUUAUCCAAUUUGCAACAUAUGAAGAAGCAAAGAAAGCAAUAUCAAGUACAGAAGCAGUGCUAAACAAUCGCUUUAUUAAGGUUUAUUGGCACAGAGAAGGAGGCACCCAGCAAUUACAAACUACUUCUCCAAAGGUAAUGCAGCCUUUAGUCCAGCAGCCCAUUUUGCCUGUUGUGAAGCAGUCUGUCAAAGAGCGGUUGGGUCCAGUACCUACAAGUACUAUUGAACCAGCAGAAGCCCAGAGUGCCAGUUCAGACCUUCCUCAGAAUGUAACUAAAUUAUCUGUGAAGGACAGGUUGGGUUUUGUAUCAAAGCCAUCUGUUUCAGCAACUGAAAAGGUGUUAUCUACAUCUACUGGCCUAACAAAAACAGUGUAUAAUCCAGCUGCUUUGAAGGCUGCACAAAAAACCUUACUUGUUUCCCCCUCUGCAGUUGAUAAUAAUGAAGCACAGAAAAAAAAACAGGAGGCACUGAAACUUCAGCAGGAUGUAAGGAAAAGAAAACAAGAAAUUUUAGAAAAGCACAUUGAAACACAGAAGAUGUUAAUUUCAAAACUGGAGAAAAACAAAGCAAUGAAGUCUGAAGAUAAAGCAGAAAUAAUGAAAACUUUAGAGGUUUUGACAAAAAAUAUUACCAAGUUGAAAGAUGAGGUCAAAGCUACUUCUCCUGGACGCUGUCUUCCAAAAAGUAUAAAAACCAAGACUCAGAUGCAGAAAGAAUUACUUGACACAGAGCUGGAUUUAUAUAAGAAGAUGCAAGCUGGAGAAGAAGUCACUGAACUUAGGAGAAAGUAUACAGAAUUACAGCUGGAAGCUGCCAAACGAGGGAUUCUUUCAUCUGGUCGGGGCAGAGGAAUUCAUUCAAGAGGUCGAGGUGCAGCUCAUGGCAGAGGCAGGAGUCGGGGCCGAGGUCGAGGUCGAGGUCGAGGUGUACCUGGUCAUGCUGUGGUAGAUCACCGUCCAAGGGCAUUGGAGAUUUCUGCAUUUACAGAGAGUGAUAGAGAAGAUCUUCUUCCUCAUUUUGCGCAAUAUGGUGAAAUUGAAGAUUGUCAGAUUGAUGACUCUUCACUUCAUGCAGUAAUUACAUUCAAGACAAGAGCAGAAGCUGAAGCAGCUGCAGUUCAUGGAGCUCGUUUCAAAGGGCAGGAUCUAAAACUGGCAUGGAAUAAACCAAUAACUAAUAUUUCAGCUGUUGAAACAGAAGAAGUUGAACCUGAUGAAGAGGAAUUUCAGGAAGAGUCUAUGGUGGAUGACUCAUUACUUCAAGAUGAUGAUGAAGAAGAAGAGGACAAUGAAUCUCGUUCUUGGAGAAGAUGAUUUGACUGAUCAUUGAUCUGCACAUGCUAGAACUCUACCUGUGUUUCAUUAGUAUUAUCUAAUGUACUUUUACAUAUUUGUAAAAACAAUUUUUGGUAAAUGUGAUGAAGAUGGAUUUCACAAAUAGAAGAAAAGAAAACUACCUUCUGAUCCUGUAUUUUGAAAGAUUGAUGUUUGCAUUUUAUUUCAGUAAACAAUUGCUAAAGACAUCACACUAGAAACAUGCAAUGUUUUUAUUACAUACUUCUACUGAACAAUACAGAAUUCUUCGGGUUCUUUGUAAUUUAAUGAAUAGGUCUGAAAACUUAUGACCAAUACUUGUAAUAAUUUAGAGAAAUUUGUUUUACUCCAAAUAAGGAAUGAAUUUGCAUUUAAAAUCUUAAUGAAUGUUUUCAAAAAUGAAUAGAUAACAUAGUACUCUAACUAAAGUCUCCAAGUAUGUAUUCAUAAUAUUACAUAGUAGUAUGCUUAGGCUUUACUAUGUAUUAGCCUUUUGUUGGACUUGUGUAUGUAUUUUACCAUAUGGGUUUCAAUGAUAAUGGUGUAUGACUGCUUUGCAUAUGACUCUCCUUAUGCAUUCAGAUGUUUAAAAUAAAGUGGAAUGGUCUUUUAAAAAGAAAAGAAAAGAAAAAAAAAAGCAAUGACAAAAAAACAACAACACACAACCAAGACGAUGUUCUUUGAUUUAAAAAAAAAAAAAAAAGAUAAAAAGAAAGGAAAAAAAAAGUUAAAAUAGACCAUUCCUGAUGGUGAUCUACCCUUUCCCCCAAUUAUCACAAAAGGAGCUAUAAUCACUAACUUAUUCUUAGUAAUAAUGGUUACUGAUACCUUUAUAAUAAUGUACAAUCCAAUGUUUAAAAUUUAUACCACUUCAGUUUGGUUUGAUCCUAUAAAUUUUCAACAGAUGUCUUAAAAUUUAAAAGCAGGCUGAUUAGUUUGGAACCAGACUUCAAGUAGAGCUAACAUUUGGUGAAUAAGAAAACCAUCACAUUACAUUUUGGAUGUAUGAAAGAAAACUUGACCAUUUGAAGAUGUAUGAAUAAAGAAAUGUACUAUAGAUACUACUUUAGGAAAACAGUUUGUAGUCGUGAAAGUUGCCAAAUUGGCAGAGGCUCACGUUUCUUCUUUUUACACCAAACAGCAGAGAGAGAUCAUCAUUGCCUGAAUUUAGCUUUGUGACUACAACAGCAAGAUCUGUUCCUGUCUGGAGACGACUGUUAUAAUAACUCUAUUAUUUUAUGUUUGCCUUUUAUCAAUUUGAAUAGAUGUUUACAUGUACUAUAAUUAGCAUUUUAUCUUUACAGUUCUCUAAGGGUACAUUUGAGUCCAGAAGUAUAUCUGAGUGUGUGCUUUGUCUGACCUUAUUCUUAAAUGUUUUCUCCCCUUUACUUCCUUUUUUUUUUACACCAUAAGAAGACAAAAGACCUCUUGGUUUCCUAGUAUGGCAAAAGUUCAGUCUCAGUCAACUUCAGAAUUGUGUCUAGGAAAUCUAUAAAGCCAUGAUGCUGUGUUAAUUAACACGAACAAUUUAGAAUGAAGAAAAUGAUUGAAAAUUUAAGCAUGGGUAUACUUUUAAAUUUUCUGGGUUUUAAAAGGUUAUAUUUCUGGGGUUAGAAUAGUCAGUUAAAUAUUUUGGACAGAUGGUAAAAUACUUUUUUUUACACACACUUGCCUAUUUCUUCUAAAUAUAUUUACUCAAGUUGUUCCCAAGACCACUUAUCUGAAUAAUUUUAAAGUCCUUAGCUCUUUAAAACCAACAAGGAGACUAUUUUUCUUUCUUUUCAAGUAUUGCAGGAUGAUGACCUGUGGAGUAUAAAUAUUGAAAAAUAUCUAUUAAAUGUCUAGUUUACAAGUUUUUCCAUAUUUUCCUCACAGUCAAGACAUCAAAGACAAUCUUGAAAGCAAGGGGAAAGAAUAUUGUGUGUCUUACAUUGUUAAAGACACUAUAAUUUUCCUAUUUUAAAAGGCAUAUGCCCAUAUUAUUAGUAAGCAAUUAUUAAUAUUACUAGUGUUAAUAAUAUGGCAUAGAAUUAUUUAUAGAACAUGAUUUAAUUUAACCCAGGUAUUUACCAAAAACACUCCUUUUAUAAUGGGUGCCAUUAAAAAAGUUUUCAAAAUCAGUUUUUGAAUAUUUCUUCAAAUUCUCAUGAGACAUUUGAGAAAGAAGUUAUUCUUGGUACAAACUCUUUAUUAGGAAAGUCCAAACUACACUUGAUUCUGUUCACCCUUGUCCAUGCUAUAUUUUCACUUUUUUUUGCGUGCAAAGUUGACUAUUCUGUAAACACUUUAUUGAGUGUGCAUUGCCUCUGUCUUCAUGAAAAAUAAAAAGAAUGAACACA